AUGAAGAGAGUAAACCCUGACUGUUUAAAUGACAUUGUAACUGUCCAGUUCAUUGGAGAACCUGCAGUGGAUGAGGGAGGACCACGAAAAGAGUUAUUCUUCCUGAUGCACAAGCAUAUGUAGCAGUCAUCAAGUCUGUUCACAGGGCCUCCUGCUCCUGUAAGAUUUGUCCACAAUAUGAUUGCUCUACAGAGGGAGGAGUAUCUCCAUUAUGGCGUUACUUCAGCACUAUCAGUAUAUCAAGGAUCACUUGGCCCUGCAAUGUUUGCUGCCCCUGUUGUAGACUACAUAUUGUGUGGUAAAUUAGACGCAGUGAGAGUGUCGCUUUGUGACCUCCUAAGUGGGAAAGUUAAAACAACUUUAGAAGAGCUGGAAGCCAUUAGCGACCCAGUAAAGUUCAAGCAAGAAGCUUCUUUAAUACACCUUUAA